AGGAGCUGGAUAUGUAAUGGUGAACAAGACAGUUGGUUCCUGCCUGCUUCACAGAACUUGAAGUCCAGGAAGGAAGUAAAACUGAACAAACCUGUUUGAGAUGUGGUGGUUUCAGCAAGGCCUCAGUUUCCUCCCUUCAGCCCUUGUAAUCUGGACGGCUGCUGCUUUCAUGUUUUCUUACAUCACUGCCGUUGUCCUCCACCACGUUGAUCCUGCUUUGCCUUAUAUCAGUGACACUGGUACAGUGGCUCCAGAAAAAUGCUUGUUUGGGGCAAUGUUAAAUGUUGCUGCAGUUUUAUGCAUUGCUACCAUUUAUGUCCGCUACAAGCAAGUCCACGCUCUGAGUCCUGAAGAGAAUCGUAUCAUCAGACUAAACAAGGCUGGCCUUGUGAUCGGAUGGCUGAGCUGUCUAGGGCUCACUUUGGUGGCCAACUUCCAGAAAACCACCAUUUUUGUUGUCCACGUCUGUGGCAGUGUGCUCACCUUUGGGAUGGGCUCAUUCUAUAUGUUUGUUCAGACUGCCCUUUCCUACCAUAUGCAGCCCAAAAUUCACAGCAAGCAAGUCUUCUGGGUUAGACUGCUGAUGUCUGUCUGGUGUGGAGUAAGUGCAUUUAGCAUGCUGACUUGCUCCUCACUGUUGUACAGUGGCAAUUUUGGCACCGACAUAGUACAGAAACUCCAUUGGAAUCCUGAAGACAAAGGUUAUGCCCUCCACAUAAUCACUACUGCGGCCGAGUGGUCUAUGUCAUUCUCCUUCUUUGGUUUUUUCCUGACUUAUAUCCGUGAUUUUCAGAAAAUUUCUAUACGAGUGGAAGCACACUUGGAAGGAUUAACACUCUAUGAUGCUACUUCCUGCCCUGUUAUCAAUGAACAAACACGACUGCUUUCCAGAGAUUUAUGAUAGAAGGAUAAACUCUGAUGAUUAUGAUUCUCAGGGAUUGGAGAAACUAUCAUGAAAGUUAUUUAUUCUGCUCUGAAAUCUUCAACCAAGUAUUCAUGGCUGACAGUAAUAACCACAAAUGGUGAUAUUCAAGAGAUGCACAAUACGCCAUGUAAAGGAUGUCAUCAAGAGGACCACAUAAAAACAUGUAUCACAUAAGCCUGUACUUUUGCUAAUUCAGGUAAUACCAAAGGAUUACAACACUAGGUUUUUUCUACUUUCUGUAAGAGAAACAACCAGCAGCGCACCAUCCAGUCUGCAAAACGUAGGCUUUCGUGUAGUAAAUCAUGGUCAAAUAUAUUUGUUUGGAGCACUUUUAUGAGAGACAUUUUUCAGGACCCCAGGUUAUCAGCAUUGCUCCAGUUCCUUUAGAAAUGAGAGAAAUGCAUUCUGAAUUAAUAGCUUUAUAUAUUAAUAACUUUCAUAUAGCUGUUACACAAUUUUUUUUCCUCCUGAACUUCACUUGUGAAGGGAAGCAGACCUGAGCCCAUAAUAAUUGCUUUCAUUGCUUAAGCUUUGCACAUAAGACUCAGUAAGUAUUGACUUGACUCCUGCCAUAAGGCUAGACACUACAUUAACUCAUCUGUUACAUGUGCUUGCAAUAGUUUCAGGCAGUUUAAUCUAACGUGAGUUUUUAAUCACUAAUUAGAGAAAUAGCUGUAGGUGAAUUUACUCCAAUCAUGUUUUGCAUAAAACAAGGGUUAGUAUUUGUCCCCAAGACUAAGAGGUUUGUAAAUAAAAGGAUAUGUGAUUCAUGUUCUAUAAGUCACUCCAGAUUGUAGUCAAAAGUGUCUUAGAUUUCAUUUACAUAAAAUUAUAAUUAUUGGUAAACUAGCCUUGAAAAUGAUUGGCGAGCUUCUCUUCUAUGCGGAUAAAGGAUAGUUUGAAGUUAAAAAGAAAAAAAAAAUACUGAUCUGGCAGGUACCCAAGGACAAAUUGGUUUGUAAAAGAAUCUCAGAAGAUUAAGAUUGGUCUUUUAGAAGAAAUAACUCCAUAGACCAGAAUAAAAGGUGGUAAGAAGACAAGUUAAAAAUAUGAGGAGCAAUUUAAGGGAAAAUGUUUACAUAGUAGAACCAGAGAUCUCAAUUAUGAAUAACUUACUACAUGUAAGACUCUAUAAAUAACAUUUCUGAGAACAUCUGGACUAAUAAGUAAAAAUGGGAUAAAAUACUAUUUAUGUGUAUCAAGAGAUCGUGGACAUGGGAAACAUUCUAAUAAACACUAAUUGAGAUUUGGUGUCACUAGAACCAAACAGAUUCAAAAAUUAUACUUCUGAAUGUCAUGGUGCAUGCUGCUGGAAAACAGCAGAAGGAUCACUGUCUGGGCAGAAGGACUUGAUAGGAUCCAAAUUUACAAAUUAGAAAAGGUGUAGUGAAGACAGUACAGAGAAGAAGGUGGACUUGCAUGUUAUACUUAGCAUAUUCAGCUUAGAAAUAUAUGCUAACACAUUAAAAUAUUUGAAGACAAAAAGUUAUAUAUUCUUGAAUUCAUUACUUAACUUUUAGAAAGAACAAAGGUGGAAAGAUUAGUUGGUUCCAAAGAGAUUAUAAAUAGAAAUUUUGAUGUGUAUUCAUCACCUUAAGGCUGAAAUAGAAGAUAAUCACCCCCACUCAAAAAUAUGCCUUUUAUUAACUGAUAGAGUUGUUUGGAUAAAGAGCUAAGGCUUUUCUCUUUAAUUCAGUCACUAAUUUUGUGUUGAAUGUUAAGCUUUAAGAGGUUCUUAGCUGACACACGGAGACACUUAACUGUUAGUGAAAGUUUGUCUCUUUUGGUCAACAAGUCUACAUUUCCCUGCCUUAAAUAUAAAGAUGAGACUGAAUCUUAGUCAAUGAAAUGUAGGUAGCAUGGAUAUACUUGAUACUUUCCUAUUAAGAUUUUGAAAAACAGGAAUGCUGCUUCUCUGUUUCCCCACAUUUCGCCAAUUGGAUAUUUUAGGAGAUGACAGACUCACAGGGGAAGGAGGAGCACAAACAGACCCCUGUUUAAUCACAUUUUAAAAAGCAAAUGAGAUAAAAUUUAGAAACUCCAUUUUUAUCCAACCUAUUUACUAAGAUUGUAUUCUGUAUAGACCAGUGUUAUGUCAUACUCAAUGAAUUUAUAAAAGUGAAAGACAGCUUUAUUUAGUUCUGUAGUGUUUUGUACAGACUAAAAUGAAGCUCAGUAAACGGUUUCUUAGUGUCCUUGUAAAUCCAUGAUGUAUACCUUACCUCUUUUUAGCCAGCCAGAAUGUUAGUUUUAAAAAGAAUAUACUGAUUUAUUGGAAAGGUAAGGCUAUAGUGUAGACCUAAGACAAAGGAAAAAUCAUUUUGGUUAUUGUGAAUCUUAAUAUAAGCGACUUAUUUGUGAACUGUACCACCAAAGGCAUGGUAUUUUGAAAGUGUGAAUUCAACAUGCACAGAAAGAUGGCAAAGAGCAGAGAGAAUAUCUCAGAAACCAGAAAAUAAUGCUAUUCGAAUAUAGUAUAGGGCUCGGCUGAAAAGCACAAAGAUUCCCAAUCUCUGCUGAAAGGAAAUCCUGUGCACUUAAAAUAAUUGGAGCAGAGAGUGAAGUGAAUCAAGUUAAAGGAGCAGCAAAGCUCAUUUCAUCUCAACUACAGACUAGCACUGGUCCUUGCAAUCUGGAAGUAUACUGAAGAAAGGGAUCUCUUUUCCCUGAAGGUAACUUUAUUUUCAUGCCUUCCAUUUUCUAAAAAUAUCCAGCAAGAAGAAAAAAAAAGCCAAGUGAUGCAAAACAGCAGAAAAAUGACCCAGAGAUAAUCAUCAGAGGCAUAGUCAGAGAUUGUCCAGAUGUUGCAGUUAUCAGCGGUAGGUAACUAUGAUAAAAAUGCUGAAGGAGCUAACGAAAAGAGUACAAAACAGUCAUAAAGAGAUGGAGGAUUUCAAGAGACAUGCAAACUGAAAAGCAAAAUUCUGGAUUGUGAUAUGAUCACAAUCAAUAAACUUGAAGAUGGCAAUUGCAAGAAUACAAGUGAAAAGCAAGGAUUUGAGAAAAAGUGAGUAUUCCCAAAGUUGUUGGGAAUUAACAGAAAAUGAAAAUCAGAAGUGUUUGUAAAUGAUGAAGUUAAUAGAAAGCUGGUAAGAUUAAUCCACUUGUAUCAAUAGUAAUCCCCAAGAAGUCCUGUUCACCCACAAUUUAAGGAUAUGGCCAUAUUUGGAAAGAGUGUUUGCAGAUGUAGUUAGAUAAAGUGAGGUCAUACUAAGUUAAGAUGAGCCCUAAAAUCCUCUGACUGGUAUUAGAAGAAGGCCAUAUGAAGACAGGAAUAGGUUGGAGCAAAUCAGCUAUAAGUGAAACAUUGCCGAAAACCAGAAACUGGGUAAAAGCAAGGGAGGAUCCUACACUUCAGCUUUUACCGGGAGACCAGCAUGAGCCUAGUAACAAAAAUUGACAAAUAAGAGAAAAAUAGAGCAAAGACUAAUAGCCUUUAUAGAUCGUGAAUACAAGAAUACUUAAGAUAGAAGAUAACAGAAAUUUAGCAAUGUUAAAAAAAAAUGAUAUGAUCAAGUGGGCUUUAUGAUAAAAAUUCCCAGUAAAACAAAUGGAGGAGAAUCUUCUCAUUUGAUAAAGAAUGUCUUCGAAAACCUAACAGAAAUAUACUUAAUGGUUUUAUACUAAUACCUUUUCUCUGGUAUUGGACAUGAGGCAAAGAUAGCUUUUCUUAGUCCUUGUGUUCAACAAUCCAGUAGGAGUCCUAGUUCAUAAGUUAGGUUGAGGACCGUAAGUUAGGAAAAAGGCAAAGUGUGGUUUUACAAAUAUGGGCUUUGAGAAUUUCAAAACUAAUUAUGGACUAAUAAGUGAAUUUAGCAAGGUCACAGGAUAAAAGGUCAAUAAAAAUGAUGAAAACAAAUAAUGUAAAAGCACAAUAGCAUGAACCAUCAUAUAUGUAGGAACAAAUCUAAUGACAGUAGAAUUUACAGAAUUUUAAAAUGAAUGGGGUAGUAUAAUGUGUAUUGGAAUACUCAGGAUGCACACUAUUUUCCUGAUGAUUUCUGGAUCCAUAGUACAUCCUAACAAUUCCAACAAGGUAUUUUGAAGAACUUGACAAGCUGAUUCUAAAAUGUGAAAUCCACAGCAUCUAUAAUAGCCAAAGCAAAAGUUGAUGGAUUUAACACUCUAAUUUCAUUAUAAUUACUUUAUAAUGUUACCGUAAAGAAGACAGUGUAGUGUUAACAUAAAGAUAAGUAAAUACACCAGUGGAACAGAGUGCACACAAUUUGAAGUGAUUGUCAACUAGAGUCAAGAAAAUACAGUGAGAAAAGGAAAAACUUCAGCAAUGCUAUUCUAACACCAAAAAUCCAAAUGGAAAACAGUGAACCUAAUAUCUCACUCCUGUACAGACAUUUUGAGUUGCGUCACAGACCUUCAGGAAAGAGCCAAAACCAUAAUGGUUCCAGGUGAAAAGCUAGUAAGCUAUCUACAUUUGAGAAGACUUUUCUUAGGAACAUCAAAGGGAAAAAUUACAAAAAGGGCUUUUUCAAAUUUAAGAUUUCUGUUUAUCAAAAGAUGCCCUUAAGAAUUUGAAUAGGCAAACUACAGACUUGUUUGUGUACAGUAUGAGUAUUUUACAAGGAACUGAUGUACAGAAUAUAUGAAGAAUUUUAACAAAAUAAUGGAUCAUCCAAUUUACUAAAGUGAGAAGAGACAAGCAUAUUUCACAAAAGAAAAUACGGUUAUACAAGUUGCUCAUGAAAGCAUCAGAAUAUUAGCCAUCUUGAGAUGCCACUAUACACUCAUUAGUUUGACUGUAGUACAAAAAUAGUGACAGCAGCAGAUGCUGAUGAGAACAGGAGAAACUGGAAUUCUUGCCUUGAGGGUGAAUCAAUUUGGAGAAAGGUUUGGUAGAUUCCGAUACCUACUUGGUGAUCCUGAAGAGUCUUCACAGAAGUUUACCAACAAAAUAAAAACAUUCACCAGAAGACUAUGAAUCUUACCAGCAAGAAUCUUGCCAGCAGUCUUUCUCAUAGAGUCCAAGUAAAACUAAUUUUAGAAAGACCAUCAAUAAGAAAAUGAAUAAACAUAUUGAGGUUCAUUAAAUGCAAAUGGAUAACUACUUGUCAGUAAGAAAACAAAUGACAGGCAUGGACAAGAUAUAUGGAUCACAAAACUAUUAAGAAAGCUGCAAAGACAUGCUAUAUAAUUCUAUUAGAAGCACAAGAACAGGCAAAACUAUGGCAAUACAAGCCAGAAAGUUAAUGGGGGAACAAAUGGAAAGAGGCUGAGGGACUGUUAGGUAUUGAGUUGUGUUCCCCUCUACCUAUUUAUAUAUUGAAGUGCUAACUCCCACUACUUCAGAAUAUGACUGUAUUUGGAGAUACUAUCCUUAAAGAGGUAAUUAAGUUAAAAUAAGAUGAAUUGGUAUGACUGAUGCACUUGUCUGGAGAGGAUAUUUGGACAUACCCAUAUACAGAGGGAAGACCACAUGAUGGGAUGAGGGAAGAUGGUCAUUUAUAAGCUGAGAGAGGCCCCAAGAAAUAACCCUGACAACAUCUUAGGCUUGGAAUUCUUCAAAACUGAAAACAUAAAUUUAUUUAAACUACCAGUCUGUUUCUUUGUUAUGGCAUCAUUAACUGACAAAUACAAAGAUCUUACUGAGGAUGAUGUGAACAUUCUCCAUUUUGAAGUAGACAACAAAUACAUAUAUACAAUUGACAAAUCAUACUGAACAUUUAAGAUCUAUACUAAUUUUAGUUCAAUUAAAGAAAAAAGUAAGACAACUAGUUUGAUGGUUUUGGUAGAAAUUGGCAAGAUAGAUCAAUGUAAAUAACCUAUUUUUUGAAACGAAAGCAUAAAUAAAAUGACUAUGAAAGAAAAAUCCAAACAGCAGAAAGUUAACAAGAGACUUGUAUAAACUUACAGAAAUUGAUAUAGUGUACAAAAUGACCAGUUGCAGGCAAUGUAAUUAGAAUUGAGCUAAUUUGUGGUUGAAAAAUUAAACCAAUUUUCAUAGAAUAGCAAACUGCAACAUUUUAUAGAAAUUAUUUUUGAUAGAAAAACAAAAUAACCAAGAUUUUGUAUAGAGAUUAACAUAGAAACUUACACUAUAUUCAUUUGCUAAGAUUUUCAUAACAAAAUAACCACAUAUGGGGGAGCUUAAAUAUAAAAAAUGUAUUUUCUUUUGAUUCUGGAAUGUCAGCAGGUUUGGGUUUUCUGAAGCAUCUAUCCUUGCCUUGGAGAUGAGUAUCUUCUUGAUGUGUCUUCUUACAUACAUGUUUCCUUCAUAUGCAUAUGCUAAAAUGCCUUAGUGUAUACACACUUUCUUAUAAAGACAGCAGUCAGAUAUUUUAGGGCCCACACUAAUGGCCUCAUUUUAACUAAGUCACUUGUUAAAGGUCUUCAAAAAGUCACAUUCUGAGGAAUUGGGGAUUAAAAUUCAACAUAUGAUGAAUUUCAAGGGUAUACAAUUCAGCAUAUAACACUUUACCCUUUUCUUGGGCCACCAAAAUUCAAAGAGAAUACUCAAAAAGGCCAGUCAAUGUGAUAUGAGAACCCAGAAAAGCUAUUUGAAGAGAGAACAAAAUUCAGGGAAAAAAUAAGGUCAGGAAUAAUGAACUGAAGGUAAAAAUAGAAGCUUUAAAUGACAAAAGUUUCAGCAUGUAAGUAGUUGAAUAAAUGAGAUCAAGCACUUAAGGAAAAGCUAUAGAAGUGUAAUAGAACAGAGAAACAAAUUGAAGAUUGCAACACAUAAAGGACCUUGAUGGAAGAUGAAAAAUUAAGGAAGAAGCACUUUGAGAAAUACCUGACUCCAGUAGGAAAGACAGCAUAAAGAUAAUUGACAUCCAAAAAAGUAGAAGGAGCACAUGUGUUGUGGGAAUAAUAGAGGGAGAAUUCCGAAUCUGGGGAAGGAACUAAAUAUAAAAGUCCAUGAAACCAAAAGAACAUCUGGUUAUCUAAAUGCACACACAGUAGUGAGACUACCAAGAGUUCAAGACAGAAUGUGAAAGGUGGCUAGGUUAAAAAAAAAAGUCUUAAUAGGGCCCUCCCCCUGCUGGCGCAGGGGGUUAAAAGCACAGCACAA